CACUGUGUGUUGUGUUGACACUUGAGAACCACUUCCUCAAAACAUUCAGAAAGAAUUUGAUAUCAGGAAAGAGUUAAAAGGUUCUUUAUUCCUCACGACUGGUAGUUCAUCAGUCAAGACGAUCAUGGCUUUCGGCGACAAAAUCUUCUCAACGAGCGGAGGCAAAUGCAUUCGGAAUCUUCUUAUUGCUGUCAAUGUUUUAUUUUUGCUUGGGGGAUUGGCCAUUCUUAGUUUGGGGAUCUGGGUUCAAGUGGAGAAAGGUGAUUAUGUUGCUCUAGCUGACUCAGAUACAGGUUUGACUGGAGCAAUACUUCUCAUCGUGGUUGGUUGUUUGACUGCUCUCAUAUCUGUUUUUGGUUUCAUGGGAGCAAUAAAGCGCAGUGCUAUCUUGUUGUGGUUUGUAAGUUUGAAUUAAUGAUUGCCAUUUAUCGUAUGCAAAAUGACCUCGUAAACUGUAAUUUGGCGCUAUCUUAGUUGAUUUUUAGUAUAUUUCACUCUAAGAAGAAAAAACUAAAUUAUUUCGAUGACGAAUACCUUGCCAUUUUCUCGGGUUAUUUCAUGCAAUUCAUUAGUAUACGCAAGACGUCGUAACAGGAACUGUGUUCAUUUCAUUUUAAUAAAUUGAUCUCCAUAUUGUUAUAAUUGUUCAAAUCCAGUUAAAGAAAUUGAAAGUACCCCCCAAAGGUAGCCACCAUGACAUAAUUUUAUUACCAUUGGUCAUGAUGAUAAUCUCAUGCACAAAUUUUAAUUCUUAACGAGGUUCGGCCAUUUUUUGUAUCGAUUCCUAGGAAUGGCUGGGCUAAUUUGCUGUUUAUUCAUCCACUAAUAAUGGAAUGUGGGAAAAUUCCAGUAAUCUUUCUAAACAUAUAAUGACUCUUAGCAAAUUUAUUUAAUUCUAAAAAUUAUGGCAGAAGUAGUGAAGUAAAUAUUGUUAUGAUUCU